CCACACUGAGGCGACGCUCUUUGUCAAUAAAGACAACGUGGAAAGUGGCAAACUGCAUGCAGGCGGUUGAGGAUUAAAUGAUCUUCAGUCAGAAAGAGACUUUGUUCAAUCUGUAACCACCUUAAAGAAGAGGAGCUGCAGCAGAGAGCUGCUCGGUCUGUGCGGACUCUCUGAGGAAUGGCGUUGUUUUCACUCGGAGGACGUUUCUUUAAAUGCAGAAGUGACAUUAAGAGAGUCAUGACAGCGAUCCAGCCGUACUGCUCUUCGGUGGUUUCAGGCAGGAAGCAUGUUAAUGGAGUGGAUCUGUACUACGAGCAGACAGGCAGAGGGAAACACGCUUUAAUGUUGCUUCCUGGUGCUCUAGGAUGCACUCGGACUGAUUUUGGACCUCAGAUGAAGUCACUGAAUAAGGAACGCUUUACUCUAGUGGGCUGGGAUCCCCGUGGUUACGGACAAUCCCGCCCCCCAGCCAGAGACUUCCCCCCUGACUUCUUUGAGAGGGAUGCAAAGGACGGAGUGGAUCUGAUGAAGGCAUUGGGCCAUGACAAGUUCUCUCUGCUGGGUUGGAGUGACGGAGGAAUCACUGCUCUGAUUGCAGCAGCGAAGAACCCCGACCUGAUUAACCAGUUGGUUGUAUGGGGAUCCAAUUCGUUUGUUUCCCAGCAGGAUCUCAAACUUUACAAUGUGGUCCGUGAUGUCUCACAGUGGAGCGUGAGGAUGAGGAAGCCAAUGGAGGAGCUGUAUGGAGCAGAAAUCUUUGCUAAAACCUGGGGGGCCUGGGUGGAUGGGAUCGCACAGUUUGCAAAAAGACCAGAAGGGAGUAUCUGCCUGGAGCUUCUGCCCCUAAUCAGCUGUCCAACCCUCAUCCUCCAUGGAGAGAAAGACCCCAUGGUGCCCAGUUUCCACCCGCAGUUCCUCCUCAAACACAUUAAGGGGUCACGACUACACCUGAUGCCAGAGGGUAAACACAAUAUCCACCUGAAGUACGCUGAUGAAUUCAACAAACUGGUGGAAGACUUUCUGGAAGACUGAUCGAUUAAUUAACACUGUGAACUAAUGUCUGAUCAUUUUGUGGAGAGGUAUCAGGGUGCAAAUAUUUACACAAUGUCUUAAUUUUUCUUAUUGAUUAUUUAAUUUCUACUCUGUUUUCAUGAGGCAUUAACUGUUAAAUACUGUAUAUUUUACUUUAAAAUGUCAAAGUUCAUUUCUUUUAAUAAUUUGAUUUAUGAAACAAGUAGAGGUGAGUUAUUUCUCAAGUUAUGUUACUCUGUAAAAUUUGCUGUAAUUGCAACUAAUACAAUGUUAGAAAACAUCCACUAAAUUUAAGCUAUAAUAUACAGCUGUAUCAAUAGCUAUAACCUUACAAAACUGAAAUUAAGAUAUUGUAAAAUGUUAAUAACAUUAGUUGUUUAUUUUGUACCUUACAAAGCACAGUAAUAUAAACUCAUGAAAAGGCAGUGACAUUAGCUGCUAACUUUGGCGAUUACAAGACUAAUGUUAAUGAUGUCACAUUUAAAAGGAUUUAUUAGCAAUAAAAAAAUCAUUGCUUACAAUUUAUAAGCCCUUAUUAAAGUGAUACCAAAGUUA